ACACCUAAUGGUCGACUCAGUCAGAGAAACAGUUUGCAUCUGAACACCAGGUUGAAAGGAGAGUCACUUUUAGCUCGAAGACAUGCUGGAUCAGGUAGUACUCAUUGCAGGAGUAACGGUGUUGGGCGUGUUAGAGCAAGCUUACUUCUCUCUACAGGUGAUUUACGCCAGACGCAAGUACUCUGUCUCCCCACCCAGCACCUCAGGGCCUCCAGAGUUUGAGAGAGUCUUCAGAGCUCAAGCCAACUGCUCUGAAUAUUUCCCGAUCUUCAUCAUCAUCUUAUGGGUGUCUGGACUCUUCUUCAGCCAAGGUCUGUCAGCACUAUGUGGACUCCUAUACCUGUACGGGCGCUACCAGUACUUCAGGGGCUAUGCUAAAUCGGCACAUGGACGACUAGCCCCUCUGUAUUUCAGUGCCAAGGUUCUGUGGGUUCUGAUCGGGUUCUCCGCCCUGGGGAUUCUGGGUUCUAUGUGUCGGUUCUACCUGGAUCUGGACCUGAAGCAGCUCGCCAGCUCUGUCCUCGACCUGACUGAGGAAGAGGGUGGGGGACUAUAAGGGAUGAGCAGGAGGAGAAGCGCUUAAAUGAGAGAUGAUGGGAUACACUAACAACUGUAGACAAGCUACCUUCAUUGCCAAAUCAAGACAACUAAAUGGAAUGGUUGAUUGAAGUAGGGAAAGAUGUGUUCCAACCUUGAGCUGCAGGUUUGAAAAAAAUAGAAGUGUCCGGUCUAGGCCUAUGGUAGGCUAUUUUACGAUCUGCUUGUGUGCCAUUUAGAUUGAGGUUACAGUCCCCCUAAACCAAGGCAUGUUUCAGACUGAAAUAUGGAACAAAAACAUUGUUUUAAUGUAAACAAACAGGGUAGGCCUAUCCAUUAAUUGUAGGCCCGCGGACCAAUUUCCAAAGACCAAAGAAAAGAUUGUUGCGAUCUAAACUUGCAGUAAUCAUGGUUGAAUUCCGAUCUAAACUUGCAGUAAUCAUGGUUGAAUUACCAAACAUUUCUCUCCACUCAAUUACAAAAUGUGUAGAAUUGCAGUAAGUUAGCUGUAGAACUGCACAUUUUUCUCUGCCCCAUGGCAAAAUGAGUAGAAUUGCAUGCAAUUACUUAUAAAAUGGCUAAAUCUUCUCUCCGCUCCAUUGCAAAAUAUGUAGAUUUUCAGCAAACUUGCUUUAAAACUGCAAAUUUUGCUUAGGGCCUCAAAGGCUAGGGUCUGCUCUGACUGCAUGUCUGGGUAUGCAGCCCCACGAGCCACUACGGCCUCCCAUGAUGAGUUCAGAUUUUUUGUGGCCCUCACCCCCAUCGAAGUUGCCCAUCCCUGGUCUAGACUUUCUCUAUCCUACCCCGCGUACCCAUUCAAAGUAGGAGGAUACACAUGCAAAUAAAAGAUCAUUGGUCAGAAUAAUCCAAUUCUGAUGUCAUUAUCUGGACCUAAAAUCUCACCUAAAGAAAGAUACUAUACAUUUUAACGAUUAAAUGGGCCAAAUUCUGUGCAUGUUAACUGACCAUUUUAUUUUCGGUAAGGUAAACAUGACCUGUUUUUGGCCAAUGGGCAAGUGCCUUUGAGAGCUAGAAGGCCCAAUGCAGCUGUUUCUAUAUCAAUAUCAAAAAUAUCUGUGUAACACAUGAGUACCUUACAGUAAUAGUUUUUCAUUAAAAUUGACAAAAAUAGCUUUUUAACUAAACUGUAUUUUUCUAGCAAGAAUUUUGCUAUGAGUAACUUGUGGUGGUCUUAGUGGGGAGGAUAAUUUAAUGUAGCUGUUAUUAGCAGUGAGGUUAGGAAUGCUGUUUUUGGUCUAUUAACCAACUAUUUGCCUGGUGAUGUCAAGCCCAAGAUAAAGCCUAUUCAAACAGGAUGAUUAGAAGGUCCUGUGUAGAUAGUUGCUUGUUGAAAAUACAAUCAGGAAAUAACACUUCAUUUUUUCACAAGUUUAAUCAGCUUUUGAAAAAUAUGAUAUAAAACACAGGGAAAACAGAUUUUUGAUUGCACUGGGCCUUUAAUGACAACACAUGUAUAUUGUGUGAAAUAUUUUUUGGAAUCCCCUGUUUUCCAUUGGUGAUUUAGUUUAUGUUGUAUGGCCCAGUGAUCUGUGCUGGAUCUUAGUGUUAAACCUCAAGAAAAAAAAAUCAUUUGGAUUACUGUUGUUAAUUGAUAUCUGCGCAUCUGUCAAUUUUUAUUUGAAUGUAAUCUUUGGUGAGAUGUUCAUUUGCACUCAUUUACUUUGAAAUUGUGUCUUCUUAAAUAAAGCAGCUAACUUUGAAUGUUAAA